GGGAGAGAUGACGGGCUGUGAGCAUUAAAGAAGACCCCCUCGAGCAGCUGUUCUGGCCAUCGACGUAUAUCUGACAGUCUGAAACAAUCCUGUAGCAUCAGAAUAAAGAGCGUACCUUGGCCUCCUAUUGUCUUCUCAUUCCUCCCUGUUGACAAAAAACGACAUACACAUCCAACAUGCCCAACACCAAAACCGUGCAUGUCCCUCACUUGGGCGGCAUCGACGCCGCUUACCAGAUGCCGCAUCCAUAUGACUCGUCCAAGCCGACAUUGAUCCUGGUCAAUAGCUUCACGACAUCCUCCGAGCUGUAUCGUAAGCAGUAUGCCAACAAGGCGUUGACAGACAAGAUGAAUCUCCUAGCAAUCGAGUUGCUAGGUCAUGGACAGACCCGGACCAAGGCAGAGAACUUCACGUACUGGGACACUGCGAUCAUGAACAUUCAGGUCAUGGAAGCCUUGGGUAUUCCGAAGGCGUUCGUCCUAGGAACGAGUCAGGGUGGUUGGAUUACCGUAAGGAUGGCGCUGUUGGCUCCGGAAAAGAUCCAAGGCAUCAUCCCCCUGGGAACGUCCAUGGACUAUGAGUCUGAGCGUACACGCAAACUCGGUUGCUGGGACGGUGUCGCAGCAUGCACUGGGCCCAUCGACAAAUGGACCACCAAGUCAGCCACGCCCGACUUCCAACCUGACCUCGACUAUUGCGACUUUUUGAUCGACAUCGGCUUUGGCAAGAACUGUGAUCAAGCGACCCGCGAAUUCUGGCGCAAGACAAUUCAAGCCAAUUAUCAAGGUGACGAUGGAAGAAGGCGUGCUCGCAUGGCAGCAAUCAACUUGCGCGAGAGAGAUGGUCUGCAUGGGAGACUGUUUGAUGUCAAAUGUCCUGUGAUGUGGUUGCAUGGCACCGACGACGUUGUGUACACCAUCGCCAACGCUGAGCAGGAAAUCAAGCUCUUCGUUAACGCGCCUUCCACGGAGCUUGUCACUGUUGAUGGAGGCGCUCAUUUCCUGUCGGCGUCGCAUCCUAAGGAAGUUGAUGAUGCUCUGAUUGCUUUCGUGGGGAAGUACGCUUGAAGCCAGGAUAGUGAUGCUUUUUGACCGGAGACAGGAGAAAAUAAGAGCCCAGUUAACAGCAAGGCACUUGCCGCAUCUUCAACCCAGGCAGCUCCCUUCCUGAUCCAGCUCCUAACGGACUCACAUGGAAUUGCAUGUUGCGCAAAUGAUAUUAGUUAGGCUGGUGAAUUCACUGAAUCGUCAUGAAUAAUCAGAGUCUAAAAUACAAAAGAGCCCUUGGAAGAGAUCAAUGAGAAGGCGAUGAUCCAAG